AGCUACACCUCCGCAUUCCACUGAUGUAUCCAUGGCAACAGCCUCUAGUGUUGAUCAUCCCAAGAUGGCGGACGAGGAGCAAGCCACAACGCUCCCAGUUGCGACUGAAGCCAAGAAACGUCGGGCACCUAAAGCUCCAGAACUUCCAAUUUUGGAGAGGAGAAACUGGCUAAUCCACCAGCACUAUAUCCGCAAAGACUAUGAUACCUGUAAGGCGAUCAUCAAAGAACAACUGCAGGAGACUACUGGAAUGUGUGAAUAUGCCAUAUAUGUUCAAGCACUAAUCUUGCGUCUUGAGGGCAAGAUCCAACAGUCCCUGGAGCUGUUUCAGAGCUGUGCCAUCCUUAAUCCCAGCAGCGCUGACAACCUCAAGCAAGUGGCCAGAUCACUAUUUCUUCUGGGAAAGCACAAAGCAGCUAUCGAAUUCUAUCAUGAAGCUGCAAAGUUCAGCGAGAAAGACUGGGAGAUCAGUCAUAAUCUGGGGUUGUGCUAUUUCUUCAUCAAAGACUUCAAAAAUGCUGAAGAGCAUCUAAACAUAGCUCUCCAGAUAAAUAAACACGACAAGACUUUCAUGAUGCUUGGAAAGGUUCAUUUGCUGGCUGGAGAAACCGACAAGGCCAUCGAAGUGUACAAGAGGGCAGUGGAAUUCUCUCCAGAGAAUACUGAACUCCUGGCAACUCUUGGCCUGCUGUUUUUACAGCUUGGAAAAUACCAAAAAGCUUUUGAGCACCUUGGAAAUGCCCUCACUUUUGACCCCAACAAUUAUAAGGCCAUCCUGGCUGCAGGCAGCAUGAUGCAGACCCAUGGUGACUUUGAUGUGGCCAUGAACAAGUAUCGAGUGGCAGCAUGUGCUGUGCCUGAGAGCCCCCCUCUCUGGAACAACAUCGGCAUGUGCUUCUUUGGAAAAAAGAAAUAUGUAGCUGCCAUCAGCUGCCUGAAGCGGGCCCAUUACUUGUCUCCUUUUGACUGGAAAGUGUUGUACAACCUGGGUCUGGUACACCUGACCAUGCAGCAGUAUGCCUCUGCCUUCCACUUCCUCAGUGCAGCCAUCAACCUGAACCCACGUAUGGGGGAACUCUACAUGUUGCUGGCAGUGGCUCUGACCAACUUGGAGGAUGUAGAGAAUGCCACCAGAGCUUAUGAACAAGCUGUGACAAUGGACGGAUCCAACCCUCUGGUCAACCUGAACUUUGCCAUCUUCCUCUACAAUCAUGGUGAAAAGAAGGGAGCUCUGGAUCAGUAUCAGGAGAUGGAGAGGAAAGUCAACCUACUUCGAGACAGCAGUAGCAACUUUGAAUUUGACCCUGAGCUAAUGGACAUGGCUCAGAAGAUGGGAGCUGCCCUGCAGGUGACAGAGAGUCUGGUGUGGACUAAACCAGGCAAGGACUCCAAAUCAAAACCAAACUCUGCAGCAGCCACCAAAACCCCCGGUGCUCCCCUUGGUACUAACCAAGCUCUGGGCCAGGCCAUGUCUUCUGCUGCGAGCUACAACAAGAACAUCCAGCUACCAACAGGAGUUUCCAAAUGCCCCUCCAUGCCCCUUGAGCCAGAACCUGACGUGGAGAAAGCCCCCAGCCCCCCCAGUGAUCCUCCAGGCUCCCCAGAACAUGCAGAGUCAGACAAGCCCAAACCCAAAACCUCCAAGAGGAAAUCUAAGGUGGAGGAAUGAAUUAGCUUGGUGGCUACAAUCUUUUACUUGACAUCUUUGUCAUAAGAUCACUCUCAUGUUAUGGAGGCAAAUUAAGGUUCUUAAACAGCAACCAAGCUAUUUGUGGUUUUCUAGCUCAUUGUAGUUAGACACGGAGCCUUGCGUUAUAGGCUUUUGGUUUAGGUGCACAGACAUUUCAUGUCCUACACAAUAAUUUACUCUGAAAAGGACAACUCCAGUGUGAACGUUUGUCAUACCAUUUAUUUCAGGAAUAUUGAACGUCACUAUAUCACUUAUCACCUUUUAAACCAAAAUUCUGACAUAAUCAAGUGUUUCAUGUAAAUCUAUGUAGAUGUGGCAGAUUUGGUGCAAAUGUCAAAACCAAUUCCAAUGAGUGUUGCAGUUUAAGAAUCUAUUCGACAAAAUGGUAAUAGGCAUUUGUGCAGUUGUUAAUAUUUGGAUGAGCUUAGCAAUAAGGUUAAAUGGUGAAUUUUCCUUGUAUUGACAUUUAUAAUGAAGGUAUCAGUCCUUCAGCUGGUGGGCAUCCCUGCAGCUAAAUAAAUGUGAAGGAAAUGCUGUGACAAUCACUGCUAAAAUCGGAGUACAGAAAGGGAUGUUUUUGAAUAGUUAGAGGAUAUUGCUUGUUUGUAUGAUAGGGCUCUUUUUGAGGGUUGAGUGUAAAUAGUGAUACAUGCUUUUAUAUGUGGAUAAAUGUUAUGUUUAUAGAGAGUCAUGUAUUUAAUAUUAAAUAAGAGACUUUAAAGAAAA